GUGGUCAUAUCUUCAAGAAGACAUUGGCCUGUUGCAUAUAUGAACUAUUCGCUUUGCUUUUUGUAAUGCUGUCCGCCGCGAGUCACAGCCGUAAGCUCUAGGCUAGGAGGAGUCCAUGGGCAACAUUUCGCGCCUUACGGGGUGGCUCAUUCUUAUUGUUGCUAUCCUUCCUGCAUCAUCGUCUAGCGCUUUCCUCCCUCAGAUACCAACUUUUGCUGCUUUCACUCCUGGCAAGGGGGCUGCAUUCCCACUAUCUCCAAAUGUCAGAGUUCUGGUUGAUGCACAUAAUGGUUUGAUAGGAUCGCCAACUGCAUUCGACUUCGCCGAAACGUUCCGACAGGACCUCAUAAGUGUGACUGCAUACACUCACAUUCCUCCCGUUCAGGUCGCCCCUCACGCGGAGGGUACGAAGUCCAACCCAGUCAUUUUCAUCACGAUUAACCCUAAGCUUAACUUCACCCUCUUCAAUGGCAAGACCACAAAUGAGGGUUACCAAAUUGACAUCGUCCAACACACAGUGACAAUCUCGGCCACUGCACCGAUUGGGGCAUGGUGGGGUACCCGGACUCUCGUGCAGCAAGCUGCCGUCGCAAAUGAUUCGAAGCAGAUCACUUUCCCUUCUGGACGGAUAGUUGACUCUCCUGGCUGGGAGGUGCGUGGCUUCAUGCUCGACGCCGGACGGCAUUGGUUUGAUACAAGUUUCCUAUCUGAAUUAUGUACCUAUGCUUCGUUUUUCAAGAUUAACGAGCUUCAUCUUCAUGCCUCCGAUAACCUCUGGAAUCCAGCUUUCUUAUAUGGAGAUGGAAAUGAGGGUUGGAAAAACCUAUACGCUGCCUUCAGGUUUCGACCGCCAGGAGGCUCUGCGUUGUCUAGUUUAGUGCCUAGAAAGAACGAAAGUUGGACACAAACCGACUUCCUCGCGCUUCAAACCAAUUGCGCUCGCCGUGGGGUCACUAUCGUGCCCGAAAUUGACACACCAGGGCAUUCCCUGGUCAUCAACCAGUGGAAACCGCAGUUAAUGGAGAAUGGUCAACCAGACCACCUGAAUCUCUCCUUUCCCGAAACCAUCCCGACUAUCAGGUCGAUUUGGGACGAAUUUCUACCUUGGUUCCAAUCCUCCGAAGUGUCGAUCGGUGCAGACGAAUAUGACGCGUCUCUCGCGAAUGAUUAUAUUUCAUUCGUCAACGGAAUGUCUGACUAUAUCCAGGCGAAGUCAGGCAAGUCCAUACGUAUCUGGGGUACCAACGAGCCCAGCCGAAUGCUCUCCGUCUCCAAGAAUAUCACUAUUCAACAUUGGAAUUUUCCUGGGGACGACAUCCCUGUCAGGUUGAUGGAGUCUGGUUACGAAGUCAUCAACUCUGAACAAACUUUCCUCUACCUGGAUGGAAAGACGUCGGAAGGUGGUCAAUUCCCUCAAGAGCUUAGCCAGGACCUCAUCUGGAAUGGCGCCCCAGGUGGCAAGGGUUGGGCUCCUAACAUCUUCUCAGCCAGCGAUCCCUCGAACAACACCAAUGUUGCCAACCCCAAACUACGGGGGUCCAUCAUGGCGUUAUGGAAUGAUUGGGGAAAUAAUGCUACAACAAAAUUGGAGAUAUACUAUCAACUCUCGCGGAGUCUGGCCGUGUUCGCAGAGAAGACAUGGGCAGGAUCCGAAGUCCGAGAGACUGGACUCACCAGAGAUCAGUUUGACGCAGUAUAUCCCAUACUGAACGCUGCGGCACCAGGACAGAAUCUCAACCGCGUAGUUGCCCCCACCCAGGGUAACAUCAUCUAUAGCUUCCCCGCACCCCAUCUACCUUCUACCACCUCGGUUUCAUCUGUCGGUCCUCCAUAUACGCUGACGUUCAGCGUCACGCCUUCCUCGCAUUCACCUGAUGAAGGUGUACUUUUUGCUGGUCUCGACUCGACACUGCACGUUUCUAACCUGACCUUCGAAGCAACUGGACAGUUAUACUCAUUGGGCUAUACCCUGCCCCAACAUAAGUACACAACGAUUGCUAUCCACGCAACCAGAGAAUACACUUAUGCAAUAAUUGACGGCAAUACUGAGGACAGACGCUAUUGGACAACCCUGAUGGACAUUUGGGGAGACUUCAUGGCACUUGGAAACAUGUCUUUCGCUGCUCCGGCACAGAAAAUCGGGGCAAACGGUUUCAUGGGAGAUAUUAAGGAUGUGGUUUUACGGCUGGGGGACUGAAAUAUGCUAACCAUGUUGUGCAGGAUGAGAACCCGAUUGAUGCUAUUCACAGUCGCUAUUAUUACAUGUUCCGGGGUAUCAAGAGUGUGCUGGUAUAUAACAUGAAGGGACAAUUGUCCAAGCAGCGGCAUAAUGCAAAUAGUUCCAGGUC